AUGCCCCCACACGUUAAGCAAGCAAAGCCGUUAAAAGACGCAAUCGACGAAAUGGCAAAUGUGGUCGUCAUGGACGACGGAGCGGAUAAAGAGCAGCAAGAUUUUCAACCGGGCUUCUCCUUCGAAGUGGAUCCCGACGACGACGACGACGACUUGGUUAGUGUUGGAGAUGCCCCAAGCGGAACGGGUGACGUCGGAGGUCUUGGUCAGAGCGGUACGGCGGGCAUCGAGCAAUCCGGCGGGCCUCAAACGCCAAUCGAUGGUAGCUUUCAGGAGAUGCUGGCUUCUGCCCUUGCAGGAGAGAUGCCGGACCCCACCACAGACACCCCACGUCCUGUGCCAGCGCAGCGAUCUGGUCCAACCACUCGAGCUAGGACGCGCACAUCCGUCGCCUCAGCUCCUACCAGUAACGUACAGACCCCAAGGAAACCAGCAACCCGAAGCCGCGCAGUCACCGACGGCUAUAAGUACGAGAGCCUGCGAAAGUGGUCCGUAUUUGCGAAAUUCCUACAGUUCGUACUCGGGAGUUUACCAACCGAAAAAAAAAGGUUGUCAAGCCUCAUCCCACGCAGUUCAGGGUCGUAA